AUGUUGAUCAUUUCUUCGAAUUUACAAGAUGAAUCGAUUUUAAUACGUAUUAAUUGCCAAACGAAUCUAUUCUCUAUUCAGGAUAACGAUGAGGAACUCAGCGCAUUUCGUGCUCUAUUGACCGACAGUGGUUAUCAUUUGAAUUCACCAUUGAAUAUUUACUUCACUCGAGACACUGUUUUUACGAAUGAUGGAAAAUAUUCGUUAGACGAAGUUACACUUGGCGAAUUCAUCGAAGAAAAUGAUAAAAAUGAUAAAAAGCCUAAAAAUGAUGCUUAUCGACGAAUAUAUCCAUGGCAGAUGAUAUCCGGAAGGUUGAUGCGACACACAACAGGUGAUGAAUCUUGUUAUACGCCAGUUCUUGAUAAGUGCAAUACAAAGAAAAACGGACAAAAUAUUCCUUUAAAUCUUGAUUUACUUGCCGUUGUUGAACGCUCGACAACAAUAGGAGAUUUGCGUCGACAAUUAGAAAGUCAACUUGCUCGACAAUUAGAUAUACUUGAAGAAAGUCUAAAUCGUCAAACUCAAAAUAACAAAACGUUUCGACAUUAUUAUGUCAAGUUAAUCAAUCAAAUUGUUACAUUUUCUGAUGAUGAUAAGGACAACGUACGAAAUGAGCUUCAAGUCAAAUAUCCUCAAUUGCCAAUGAAUCAACCAUUCAUUUCGAUGGAUUUUGGUGAUGGGCAACUAGCGUCAUUGAUGACCAGUGGAAGAUUAUUCGAUGUUCACAAGAAUCUUCCAGCAAAAGUGAAAGGCGGCGAACAAACACUAGUUGACGGUCACUAUGCAUAUUAUCAUUAUAUGCAAGAUAAUUUUGAUGAUAAUAUGUGGGGGUGUGCAUAUCGAUCGCUACAAACUCUUUGUUCAUGGUUCAUUUUACAAGGAUACACGACAAAACUCGUUCCAACACACGCACAAAUACAACAAACUCUUAUUGACAUCGACGAUAAACCAAAGAAAUUCUUAAAUUCUCGUCAAUGGAUCGGUAGUAUGGAAGUGUCAUUCGUUUUACAAAACUAUCUGAAUGUCGACUGUAAAAUCAUUCGAGUCGAGCGCGGAGCUGAUAUGGUUGAACAUGUCCGUGAACUUAUCAAUCAUUUCAAAAGAGAAGGAACUCCAAUUAUGAUCGGCGGGGGUGUUCUAGCACAUACAAUCAUAGGUGUUGAUUUCAAUGAAUCAACAGGUGAUUCAAUGUUACUCGUUCUCGAUCCACACUACACCGGAGUGGAUGAUAUUAAGACUAUUCAAGAUAAAGGUUGGGUGGGUUGGAAACCAUGGUCGUUCUGGUCGAAAGAUGCAUUCUAUAAUCUCUGCUGUCCGAUUCGACCUAAACUAACUUCUUCUCAAUGA